AUGGUUUCCAAACCGGAGACAAUCUUUAAAAAUGAACUAUUGAACGAGUCGAAAAGUGGUCAAGAGCCGAGCAGAAACACAAAGCACGUGGCUGAUGAUCAUGCGGCAAGGGAGCUCCAUCGGCUCCUACACGUGCCUUGGUACGAGUACGACCUUCCGGUGUGCCAGUGUUAUAAGAAAUGCAAGCAGUUCGACAGUGUUUAUUCAACAGAACAGAAACCGGUUACUCUAUUAAUUUCUCUAAUCAGAAAGUGA